UUAAGUUUUUGUUUAUCAUUUCAACUUUCGUUUUCGGAAAAUCCACUUUUCAGAGAAACACAAUACAUGCCUUAUAUAGGUAAUCUACUUAAUACCAAUCAUCUCAAAUAUGUCCGAAUGUGAUGUAGAUUCGAGUGUCAACGGUAUUAUACAGACCAAAACAGAUGAACAAGCCGAACCCGAAAUCGGUGAGGAAACAAGAUCAGAAAAUAAAUCGGAAACCACACCAGCUGUCGACACAGGAAAUAUAUCGGAAACCAUACCAGUUGUCGACACAGAUAAUAUAUCGGAAACCAGACCAGUUGUCGACACAGAAAAUGUAUCGGAGACCAGACAAGUUGUCGACAAAGAAAAUAUAUCGGAAACCAUUACAGUUGUUGAAACUGAAAAUAUAUCGGAAAUCACAAUAAUUGCUGAUACAGAAAAUACAUCAGAACACAAUAAGAUGGAAACCGAACCGUAUGAUAUCAUCGCGAAUAAAUCUCAAGAAAAGUCGAAUAAAACCGAAGCUAUUUGUGAUGAGGCUCAAAGCGAGGAUUCCCCAACGAAACAGAAAACAGUUGACGACAACAAAGAACAGAAGCCAUUGAUAGAUAGAAAAAAUAGAUUUAAAGGUAAUUCAUCAACGGAAAGUAGUGCAAUUGCAUCCAUGGAUGAUAAUAAUUUAUCAGAAAAAGAUGCCAAUGACUUGUCAGUGAAUAACGAAGUAGAUGACAAAGAACAAAAAUCCACAGUAGAUAGAAGGAACAGGUUCAAAGGGAAUGUGCGGGAUAUAAACAAUGACUUUGAACCAGAGUACGACUGCAAUUAUUUAUCAGAAACAGAAAUUGAAUUAAAACAAAAGGCUUUAAAACAAUAUGAAUUCUUUUGGAGAUCACAUUCUCCCUUCAGUCAAUGGUAUUUAAGUGAAUUCACAGUCGAUGGGGACUCGUUUAAUUCUGCAGAACAGUACAUGAUGUAUAGCAAAGCAAUGCUGUUUGAAGAUGAAGACAGUGCUUAUGACGUGCUUAGAGAACCGGAUCCUCGCGAGCAAAAGAAAUUUGGGAGGCUUGUUAGAAACUUUAAUAAAGAAUUAUGGGAAGCAAAUUGUUCAGCGAUUGUUGAACGUGGUAAUAAAGCAAAGUUUUCUCAAGAUGAAUACCUUAAAAGAAUACUCCUAGAUACUUAUCCCAAAACUCUUGUCGAAGCAAGUCCAUAUGACUCAAUUUGGGGUAUUGGACUUGAAGAAAAUGACCCCAUGGCAUGGGAUUGUGAAACAUGGAGAGGGCAAAAUUUACUUGGAAAGGCAUUGACUAAAGUGAGAGAUGAAUUGAAACAAGAAGAAAAGAAAGGAGAAAAUCAAAGUGAAGAAUAUCAAAACACAACGACCGAGAGAGGCAAUAACCCAGAAAAAGAUAUAACAGAUACAGUCGAUGAAUCUAUAUUAAAUCAGAAUCCCAACUUUGAAGAGGAAAAUGCAAAUUUAGUUAAAGGCGAGAAAACAGUAGAAUUUACCAAAAAUUCAGAAGCUCUUCCUGUCGAUAUCCGUGCCAGUGUUGAAAACAAUGCAAAAAUGGAGGACACAGCAGUCGAGAAUCCAGCAGAUAAUAGUAAGACAAUCAAAACAAGUACAGAGGAUAGCCAAACUCCUGAAACUAUUAUCUCAGAGGCAGAUAAUAGUGAGACAAGCAAAACAAGUACAGAGGAUAGCCAAACUCCUGAAACUAUUACCUCAGAGGCAGAUAAUACAGAUAAUUCUAGUCCAAAUCUAGUGGGCAUUUCUGAAGUAUCAGAAAUAACACAUAUGUAAAAACUAUAAAAUAAGAUGACACAGUGACUUAAAAACCAGUUGUUUUGUAAUCAACCAAUGAACUGCCAAGAUCAUAAUUACUAAAAAAAUAUAUUAUGUCACUUGAAAAAGGAUAUCAAAUGAUUUUAUAAACAUGCAAUAUCAUUCUUUAAAAAAGCCUUCUACCAUUGGAAUAAUUAAGACCUGGACUACCGCGGGUCUCGCAAUGGUUACUUUAUUUUGGGCAGUAUUAAAGAACUUGCAUUUUACAGAAAUAUAGAUCGACAAUCUGUUGAUUUAAAGAGGUCAUUUUACAUAAUUAUUUGUCCCAAAUAGAUAACCAGGAAUUAUAAAGUAUGUCAUAUAUAUGCAUUUCUCAGUAGAUGGAGCAGUAUUUUAUAAUUCAAAUUUUAAAGAUUUUUAGUUACAUGUUUUUAUGUAUAUAUCAAAUAAUAUUUUACAUAAGCUAUUUUUUUUUAGAUAUUUUAUUUACCAGAUAUUCUUUUACUGUGUACCAUUGUUAUUUAUUUUUUUGUCGGAAAAUUUUACCAUUUUUUCUGUUGUGAUUAUAAUAUCUAUAUUUACCAUGCAUCGCAUGGUGUUAUUCAUGUAUAUACUAAAUAAAUUGUAAUGACUAUU